AUGCAUGAAUUGAACUGUGUCCCACAAGAGACAAUAACAAGUGUUUCAUACAACAAGGAUAUACUUAUUUCCCUGUGGAGUGGAGAGCUUAUGCUGUAUUCUGGAGUCACCUUUGGAUGUAAGGGAUCGGUAGAAGCGGAGAUUCCUGUUACCAGGGCUAUUCUUACGUCGGACGUGGUGGCUGGAGAUAUAGAGGGAAGUGUUCGGAUAUAUGACAUGUCUUUGAACGAAAAGGCAAAGAUCUCAAGCGGGGUUGGUGGAAUACAACUCCUGCAUGAGUACAAAGGAAGUGUAGUGGCUGGAGGAUGGAACAAGAAAAUUGUGUUUGUUAACGGAUGUGUGGAAAAUGUGAUAAAUACAGAGAAGAAGGUGUACUGUUCGGAUAUUUUGAAUGAUGUUCUUCUAGUAGGCCAGCAAGAAUAUGUUGUGGCAUAUGACCUCCGCACAAAUUCAUUCUUCUUUAGAAGACAGUUCAACACAGUUGUUAGAUCACUAGCCUUGGGCCCAGGAGGUUUCUUUGCAGGUACAACCGAUGGCCGGAUAUACUACGAGGACUUUGAGGACAAGUCCAGAUCCUAUGUGUUCAAUGCACAUUACUCCAUAUCGGGAGACUCGAAAAUCUUUUAUCCUGUAAACUCGAUAGUGGUGGGAAAAUAUCUUCUUUCAGGGGGAUCUGACGGAAGAGUACUCAGGUGGAAGCUUGAGGCAAAGAAAACUUACAAAGAAAUUGCCUGUGACAAAGUGGGGGUGAGUGGUCUUUGCACAGCAGAGGAAAAAGUGGCCAUAGGCUUUUCUUACUCACAUGAUAGAGGAGAGAAAGAAGAGAUGAGUUGCAGCAGAGUAGUGCUGGUUGAUUUAUAG